AUGGACAUUACCGUUCGCGUUGAGGUGCAAUACGUUGCCCCUGAGAACGCGCUUAUCCGCGACGUGCUACAGAUGUUCCGCACGCCGGCCUGGGUGCGCUUCAUGGUGCGCUACAUCUCGCCGCACCUUAAGAACGCCGCUCCUGCCGACAAGUCGGUUAUGGACAGCCUUGCCUCCUGGACGGUUAACAGCGACAAGACUCCCAAGGUGGGCGCCAAGCGCUCGAUUUCCAGCGUGUCUUCCAGCUCUUCGUGUGCCCAAGACUGUGUCAUCUGCCUUAGCGAGCUGAAGGACGGCGACGAGCAGUUCGUGUCGCUGCCCUGUGGCCACCAGUUCCACCUGCCGUGCAUCCGCUCAUGGCUUAAGCUACGCAGCACGUGUCCGAGCUGCCGCUUCCAGUUCCGCAAGGCCUUCUCGGGCAGCUACGCCGUGCGUACGCUCAACUCUGCGCUGCUGCUCAAGCAGGAACACAGACCGCUACCCAAGGAGGAGAUCCUGAACACAUGUGUGGGCCGUGAGACGGUUCGCGCUGUCGUUAACGUCACGCUUAGCCAGAUCGCCGCGCACGCCAAGCAGAGUCAAUACCCGUGCGUUCUCAACGCGCUCAUGAUGCAUUCGAACGGUGACAGCUUCACGGAGCCCGCAGCAACGGACGCUGCACUAUCCAAGAGCAGCAGCAGCAACAACGGCGACAAGGAGACGGAAGACGGCGGCAGCAACGAGCCGCGUGCGAAGCGAACACGUGUCGCCUAA